UUUGUUGACAGUCGUAAACCACAGUGAAAAAAAUUUCGAAGAAAAAAUAAACCAUUUAAAGUGAACCCGGGUGCUGUUAAUUUGCGUUCGUACCGUUGGUGGCCACCGGUGGCAUCCGAGCACGAUGGAAAUUUGUCGAACCUGUAUGAAUGCGAACCGAGACGAGCGGCACCAGCAGCUCGUUCCGAUCUACUCCAAGCUGGACGAUGCCUUCAUAGCGAACAUCAUCAUGGAGUGCACGGCCAUCCAGAUCUUUGAAAACGAUGGCCUCCCGGCCCAAAUUUGCACCGGAUGCAUCGAGACUCUGAAACUGUUGGUAGCUUUUGUGAAAACCGCUCGCGACUGCGAUCUCCAGCUGCGACAAAUUUGCAAAUCGGAAAUCAGCCCGGAUCAGAAGCCCAGUCAGGGUGGUUGCACGAACGAUGUCAUCGCAAUGGAAAACGAAACGGAUGUGUUUCAGUUUACCGAGGUGAAGGUCGAACCAUUGGAAGGGCUGGCCGAUGAAAGCGUCGCGGGCUUGGAACAGGAAGAAAUAGGUACGGCAUUCAGUGACAGUGAUCAGGAUGCUGCCAUCGAAAGUGGAGAUGAUGAUUCGCAGCGUAGUUCCGGCAGUGAUGGCAGUGACAGCGAAAGCGAUUGGAAGGCAAGUGAUGACGACGAGGUUGAUCGGAAGGUACCGAAGAAGCGCGGGCGGAAAGCGAAGCCGAAAAUGAAGAACACAGACGAAAGGCCUUUGCUGAACAAACGUCGCCGCAAGGAUGAAGAUGAUCUGGCGAUGAACGAAUAUGAACAAGAACUAUACACGGUUAUCGAGGUCAAGAGAGGAAGUCACAUCUGCUGCGGCUGCAUGCUGUUGUUCGAUUCGGCUCAAGAACUCGAAACGCAUCGAAGUAAGUUUCAUGUUCGAAAAAGAGAAUCUACCACCAAACCGACAACCAAAGUACUGUGCGACGGGUGUCUACGCAAGUACAAGUCUAAGCGCCGCGUCAACUAUCACAAGGAACGCAUGAGGCAGUUGAAAAUCAUUUGGGAAUGCAACAAGUGCAAGAAUCGAUUCAGCGAAGCAACCCGACGACGCAACCAUUCCAGAAAGCACCCUCGGAAAUUGGGACCCACAGCGGUUGUGGCCCCGAUCAAGGCAGCGAUCCAACAGGAACUCGGAUGGAUCUGCUGUGCGCAGGCUUGCGGUCUAUCGUUCCCCUCUGAAAAGGAUAUGAUCGAACAUGCACACAAAGCGCAUCAAAUCAACAAACAGGAAGCUGAAUUGGAAGAGAACCAGGAUAGGCCGGUUCAGUGUCAGGUGUGCUACCGGCGGUUCCAUGACAAGAAUGGACUGAUAAAUCACCAACAACGGCUGUACAAGUUGCAAAAGUUCCAAUGUGCACUCUGUGGACUGCAGUUCAACAGCGGCGUACGCCUUUCGGAGCAUGAAUUGACCCACCAAAAUGAUAAGCCCUUCAAGUGUGACGUUUGCGAUAAGACUUUUACGCAAAAAGGCAACUUGAAAACACACAUGACAAUUCACUCGCUUGAGAAGCCGUAUCAGUGUACCGUUUGCGGAAUGUCGUUCCGUCAGAAGGGUGGCUUGAAGGCUCACAUGUCCAACCAUGUGGAGAAUCCACAGUUCAAGUGUGAGGUCUGUUCGAAGCUGUUCAAGGCAAAGUUGCAUCUGCGCUAUCAUAUGCGUAUUCAUAGUGGCGAACGACCUUUCCCCUGUCGGCACUGUGAUAAGGCGUUCUCCGAUUUUACGAACCGAAUGAGACACGAAAUGAGUCAUACUGGCAUUAAACCAUACAAAUGUUCAUACUGUGAGAAAUCCUUCAUCAGAAAACGAUUCCUUUUGGAGCAUGAAAGCACUCAUACUGGCAUUAAAAUGUACAACUGCGAAGUAUGCCAUCAGAGUUUCGGUCAGAAAAGCUCGCUCAAAAAGCACCUGCAAACCAACCAUCCUACUUUCGGAGCUGCUGGUGACUGGGGCGAGGGGAGCAGCAGCAGCAGCCAUCAUCAUCAUCAUCAUCAUCAACCAUUAAUAACUAUUGAUUCUGCUCCCGUUUCUCCAACCGGAAGCACCAACAGCAACGGCAGCACGUUGUCCAUCCAACAUCACCACCACCAGCAGCAGCAGCACCUGAUGCCACCGCAAACGCAUCCAAUCUCCCUGACCAGCCAACAGCAGCUCCAGUUGAUGACCGCUUUUCAUCAACCCCACUGAGGAGGUAAGAAUAUGACGUGGUAGCUUUUUAAUUGAUCUAUGAAAAACCUUGUACCUCCACCGAGGUAGCAAAUCGAAUGAGGCGGGAUUUAAAUUUCCAUAGAAUAGCCAUCUACAUUGUCGAAAACAGCAUCCAUCAACAUUUUAUUCAGUAAAUACAUGCAAUAUUAAACAUCGGCAGUCGAUUAUCGAUUGGUAUAAUUUGUAGAGCUGAAAGAGAAAAUCCG